AUGCAGAAAACCAAUCGCCCAACAUGGAAUUGCCUCAAAGUCACAUCACUGAAGUUAUUUGACGAGAUGAUGUCGUCAAAUGUGAUUCCCAUAUGGCGGGGGAUUCGAUUAGUGCAUGUAGCCGAUUACGUAGAUGAAAGGACGACUGAUGAUCCAAGUGAUACCGAUACUGGAGCUACCUUUCAAAGGGAUUCCGAGAGUUUUGUGUUUCUGGAUCAAAUUUCCGAAAGAAUGGCUAGAGUCCUACAAACGCAUGCCUUGCAAGUGAGCUUUAAGGAAAUCGUUGAUGGAUUUGAGCUAGAUGGUAAAGGCAAAUCAUCUGAAGUCUAUGGAACUCCUCGUCACAGACGUCAUCGAAACAACAUGAUGAUUGCAAUGGUCUUUGGAGUUACAGCUUUGGGAGCAGUGAUGGUACCUGUUGGAUUUCAGGUUUUGUCGGUUAUUAGUGGAAAAGCAUUGCUUUUGGCUAAAAUGGCUUUGUUGUUAGCAUCAAUAAAUGGCUUAAAAAGGAUUGCUAAUAGUGGUGUACAUUAUGGAUUAUAUCAAGUUCCACAUGAUCCAUUUGGUUAUCAUCAUGGCUAUUAUGAUCGUGGUGAUGCUCAACAUCCUCGGAAUGUACCAAACAUCUUGACUAAUCGAGUUGAAGAAAUUUAAGGAAUUUAUUUUUAAGAAAAUAACAAUUAAAGAAGUUUUUGAAUAAGUUAUU